AUGCCCAUUGAGGAGGCACUGACUCAAAUAUUUGGAAACAGCUCACUAGACCUCCUACGUCAGGAUGGCAGCACUGUAAAGGCCACUAGUGCACUGUCAGGGAAAAAAUACUUGAUGUUGUAUUUAUCCGGUAGUUGGUGUCGGCCCUGUCGACUCUUCACACCACAACUCGCUACAUUUUACGAAUCCUUUCAUGAAAAACUCAACUUUGAGGUUGUGUUCGUUUCGCAGGAUCGGGAUGCACGCUCCAUGCUGGCAUACUUCUUCAAUCCAAAGUACAGCCGCUCUGCGGUGCGUGGGGGUGAGGGCUCGCAUGGAAAUUGGCUGGCGUUGCCGUAUGAGCAGGCUAGUUCCCUCAGCAGGAUGUUAAUGUGGCGGCAUAAAAUCUCCGGCAUCCCAACACUGUUACUUUUUGAUAUGGAGAGUGGGAAACUAAUGACCCGCAAGGCACGGGAUUUGGUCAUGCACACAUUGGAGACCGCGGAGGGAUUUCCGUGGGAAGAAUCUGAGGAGAGUGUGGUGCAAGACUCUGGUUGGCGGCGACAGGUGUUUCUGGGAGUGGUUUUUCUUUUGUUAAUGUAUUGCUUGUGGAAAUAA